GGAUAGUCAUGAGAGAAGAAGAGAUGCUUGUUUCGUUCCAAACCCUCGUUCUCUCACAAGGGCGAGAAGAGAGCUUUAGGCGGGUGAACGAUGUUCGAGAGAUCAUCGGGUACGAAUUCAACGACCCGAUGAUCUUGCAGCAAGCGUUCACGCACCACUCCUACGAGGAGGGUUGCUCCUCGUUGGACCGUCUUGCGUAUAUUGGUGAUGCGAUUUUGACUUUUGCGGUCACCAAAGACCAGUGUGUUCUCUACCCGGAUUUGGACCCGGGUAUGCUGACCAGGCUCCGCUCUGCCAACGUGGACACCGAGAAGCUCGCACGUGCCACCUUGAAGCUCGAACUGCACGAAUUUCUACGGCAUAACAUAUUUUUACUUGAGCCCCAAAUAGAAGAAUUUAGAGAGGCAAUCGCGAAAUAUCCUUUGCAUUCAUCAGGUUUAAUUGAUGCCCCAAAAGUGUUGGCAGACAUAUUUGAAGCCUUGAUAGGAGCCAUAUUUCUUGACUGCAAAAGCUCUUUUGACACAACAUGGGAGGUAGUGAAGAAGCUGUUGGAACCGGUAAUAACUCUGGCAACUCUACCAAAACAUCCGGUUUCGCAGCUGCUAGAACUGUGUCAAAGCAGAAGGUUGAGUUUGAAGAUGAGAGACUCGUGGAGAGACGAUGGAGUUGUCGAGUUUGUGAUUGACGACGCAUGCGUUGGAAGAGCCGAAUAUAAAGCCAAGAGAGUCAUUGCUAAGAACAGAGCAGCCCUCGACGCAUAUAACCACCUUAAACGUGACCUGACCUUGCUUUAGGAACGUGACAAUCAAUGAUAACAAUGAAAAAUGUGGUGCAUUUUUUUUAUUAUAUGUAUAGUUUGUUAAUAGAUCGUUAACUUGAAUUCACAAAAAACAAUG